AUGGCGGAUCCCGUUAGCACGAUCUACAUCACGCUCGCGCAGGCGCUCAAGAGGCAGGCUACGCCGGGGGAGCUCGACUUUAAGUCCACUCAACUGGGCUCCGUCCACGCGCCGCUCUUCAUGGCUACGUGCACUGUGCUCGGGAAGGACAUCAACGGCGACGUCUGCAGGAAGAUCAAGGACGCCAAGCGGAGCGCGGCGCUCGAAGCCGUCGCCUGGCUGCGGACGCCCGAGGGGAUCGCGACCGUGCGUCUCGCGGGGGAGUGCGAGCAGGAGAAGCGCGGCACGGUCGACGCACAGCAGGCUCUUGCCCAGAAUCAAAACGGAGCCGUGCUCAGCAAGCCGUGCGUGAGCCAAAUACAGGAGGUCAUCCAGAAGACCUUCAAGCAGACUCCGAGCGAGGGCCACAUCGCUUACAGCUAUGAGUACAAGGAGGGUCCGCCGCAGGAAUGGCGGUGCUUUGCCCGUCUCUUCCGCGGACGUAACACGUCCGUGUCGUCGGUGUUCACCACGAAAGCCGCCGCGAAGGAAGAUGCCGCCCGCCUCGCCAUGCAGUGGCUUGCCUCGCGGCCGGGCCAGGAGACCCUGAAGCUCCUCGUGCAGCGCAAGAUCGACCUCACGGCCGAGAGCGACGCCCGGGCGGAGCUCCAGAUGCCGCCGUCGUACGCCGCAAUGGUCGCGGGCGCGCCGUUCGGGCCUGUGGAGCCAGCGCCGGCGCCCCUCGACGCCGCGGCGGCCUCGGGCCCCGUGAUGACGGCGGUGAGCGAGCUCAACGAGCUCCUUCAGAAGGGCGCGUGUAUGUCGGACCUGGGCCGUCUGACGACCAAGGACUUCGAACGCAGCGGCACCGACCACCGCCCGAACUUCAAGUGCCGCUUGACGCUCCUCGAGGCGACCUUCGAGGGCGAGUGGUGCGCCAGCAAGGACGCGGCCGAACAGUCAGCGGCGAAGCGCGCCACCGCGUGGCUGCGUACGGCCGCCGGGGAGGAGGCGCUCCGCACCGAGCGGUUCAAGAGCGUGCUCUCCGUCGCCUCGCUCGACGACCUCCCGGCGAUCGCGCACGCCCGCGGAGCCGACGGCUCCGCGCCGGCGCUGUUCGCCCGCUUUGUGCCGUCGCAUGGCGCGAGCAUGCCUGAGGCGCUCGGAGACCUCACGUGCGCCGCGUUUUCGGCGCUGUGCUGCGGCUGGAGACCAUCGGACGCGCCCGUCGUGGCCGGCGUCGCGCUCGCGUACCCGCACGGCCCGGGGCGCAUGCUCGAGCUUGUCGCGGUGGCGUCGGGCAUGACGGUCGCGCAGCCGACGUGUCUGCACCGGAACCUGGAGGCCGCGCCCGGCGUCGCGCUGCACGACCACCACGCCGAGGUGCUCGCGCGGCGGUGCCUCAAGCGCUUCCUCCUCGAUGAGAUCGCUCUGAUGGUGGCGGGCACCCCGUCCAGCGCGCUACAGGUCGACCCCGCGACGCGCCUGCCGGUGCUGCGCCCGGGCGUGGAGGUGCACAUGUUCCUCGCGAGCCCCCCGUGCCGCGCGGGCCGCGUGUUUAUCUCGUCGCCGAAGAAGCGCGACGCUAUGCGCUGCAAGGUCAGCGGCGGGCAGGGCGGCGUCGAGAGCAGCGGCGCCGAGCAGAUCCUGGGCUCCCCGGAGCUCUCUGGCACCAACGCGAAGCUCCGGAUCAUGUCCUGCUGCGACAAGCUUCUGCUUUGGAACUUCGUGGGUGUCGAGGGCGCCCUGCUCUCGCAGGUGCUCGCAGCGCCGAUAUUCGCGUCGUCCUUCACGAUUGGCGCCGCGGAGGAGCACGAGGACGAGCGCGACGACCUCCUGCAGCGCUGCCGCCGCGCCAUGGUCGACCGGCUGCACGCGCCGUAUGCGUCGACCGGCGCGCUGCUGCGCCCGGCGCCGGAGUUCCACCUCGUGCGCGCGAAGGCGAUGGCGGCCGAGGCCGCCGCGGGGCACAACUCGCGCCAGCCGCUCUCGACGUAUUGGUGCCGCGGGAUGCCGGGACUCGCGGUGACAUUCGUGGACGCGAGUCUGACGCUGGAGCCAGCGCUGGACCGGAACGGAGCGGUGCACGUCACGUCGCACCCGCGGAUCAGCAAGGCCGCGCUGGCCCGGCGGCUGUGCGAGAUCCGCGCCGCGUUGUUCAGAGACGCGCCCGAGCAGCUGCAGGAGUUGACGUACCGGCAGCUCAAGGGGCUGGCCGCGGGGUACGCCGCGCGGAAGCAGUACGCGCUCCGCAGCGCCGCGCAGCAGUACGGCCCGUGGACGCACGCGCCCGAGGCGCUGUCGGCGUUCCAGUUCGAGGCCGACGUCAGCUCGAAGGCCGACGUCAGCUCGAAGGCCGACGCGUCGAUGGAGCCGAUCACGCCGGCGAAGAGGUAG